GAUUCUUCGAAACGCGUGAAAGUAGACCACUUGAAAAAAGUGCCGGUGAGCACUGUUCACCUGAUCCUGGCAUCCCGGAACGUCGAGCGAAAUACCAGUAGUGGCCGUCCGGCGAAGAUCAUGACGGAAAAGAAGAAGGAAUCUCUGAAAAAGCUGUUCGACAACAAGGACGGGUCGAGUUUGCGUGACGCCGGUCGAAAAUUUUACUGCUCCUAUUCCUACAUCCACAGAACCCUCAAGCAGGAGGGUAUUGUCUGUCGGAAGAAGACUAGGUCCCCAGAGUAUGACAUGGAUGACGAAGAAUUAUCGCGGGACGUCGUUCGUGCUGGACAACGAGAGUAAUUUUCCGCUGUCAAAGUCCAACAUGCCCGAUAGUGCAAAAUGUGGCUCAACUAUACGUUAGCCAUAUUUCUCCUGGUAAUCGCACACGACGCCAGUGGCCAAAACCAAGCGGCUAUACUAAAUCCCAGGUCCUCGCAAACUCUCGAUGUAGUUGCCAACAGCGUGACCAAUCUAGCACAGAAGAUCAGUCUGGCCAUCGCGAACCCAAAAAGCAAAACGGAAAUCUUCUCCCCUGUCAGUAUAGCGGGUGCCCUCUCGCUACUACUACUCGGUUCCGGUGGAACCACAAAGGAAGAACUGAUGAAAUUGAUGGGCUUCCAGAACGAGCAGAUCAGUUUCACCGAUAUCCACAAAAGCUUCGGCAAGUUGUUCCGGGAGCUGGUGUCCAACGAACCGACCCUGCAAGUCAACGUGCCCUGGCGUGAGACGGACAAGUGCAACAAUGUGGACUACGACGAGUACGAGUCGCGAAUUGGUUCCCAGAGCGAUCGUCAACGGCGAGAUGCUGACUCCCACCUCAUUUCAGUGGCGAAUGGGAUUUUUCUCAGCCAUGAUCUGCAGGUGAGCAAUACUUAUUCGAAUGUGAGCGGAAAACUGUACCGCGCAGAGAUUCGACGUUUGAACUUUGCUGGCAACCCAGAGGAAUCGUCAUCCGUGAUAAAUCAGUGGGUUAGCACUGCCACCAGAGGUAAAAUUCGGGACAUUGUAACGCCAGAUCAAGUCAACGGUAUACCGAUGGUGCUCGCCAGUGCAUUAUAUUUCAAAGCCAAGUGGGAAACUAUGUUCAUAGCGCACAAUACAAAGACGAAACCAUUUUAUUUGAACGGUCAUAAUCAACCACCCAUUGAUGUGGAAACCAUGGGUACAUCCGGAUGCUUCCCAUUUUACGAUGCAAAAGAGAUCGAUGCUAAAAUUGUAGGGAUUCCAUACCAGGAAAAACUAUCCACCAUGUAUAUUGUACUACCCAACGAUUCGAACAGACAAAAACUACAGGACUUACAAAAAAAAGUGAGCCUGCAACAAAUCAACCGAAUGAUCGACCUAAUGCAAACUAAAACUGGAAGCAUUUUAAUGCCGAAAAUGAAAAUCGAAAACUCUAUUCACCUUAAAACGGCAUUGCAAGCCCUCGGAUUGCAUCAAGUAUUUGAUUCGGCAGUUAGCAACCUCAUCAGAAUAACACAUUGGGAGUCUUCGAAUCAGGCAGCACGAAGACCUUCGAUCUCUACAGCACCAACCAUCGCUCCCACUUUUUCAGCGCAUCGAAUUGUGUAUACCACGGAACCAAGUGUUCCAGUGCCAAAUCCUUCCAUUCCGAACACAAAUUUUUUCUUCAAGUACCCCGAGGAAGACGAAGAGGAAUGUAAUCGGAUCAGCAACUGCCACUUCGAUGGAAGAACGUGUAACUGUGACCUAAACCAACGACCAACUGUUACGGGCUGCCAACAGAAACUUUUUCAUGUUACCAGACAGUGUCAGUCGACUAGUGUCAUAUCAUCUGUCGAAGGCACCCAUAAGUGUGUUCUAGACGCGUAUACAAAAAUCCAGAGCGACAAUCGGAAUCAGUGUAUACAACAGAAGUGUAUUUACGCUUCCCACCAAUGCUUCUGUUGUAAGGGAGCAAAUGUACAGCCGGUUCAACAGAUACCCCAGCAGCCUCAACAGCCCCAACCGACUCAACCGGGAUUCGCCGUUUCAAACCGGUUCAAUCCCGGAGAGAAUACCCGUGAUGAAAUCAGUCAAUGCCUGAAAACGUACUGCGAUCCCCAUCAAGUCUGUAAAACGUAUAUAAUAUGUCCAUUAACCAAUACACAAAAAAACCCAGCGGUGGGAACUGGCCGUGCCAAGCGACAGGCAAAACAACUCUACGUUGACCAGAUCGCACAUAAAGUCAGCCUCGACAUCAACGAGCAGGGAACGGAAGGCGGCGCCGUAACGGCGGUCAUAAUUGACCGAAUCACGUCAUCGUUCACGUUGCGAAUUGAGGCACCAUUUUUGUUGUACCUGCGCAACGACAUCACGAAGCUGCCACUUUUCUACGGGCCGGUGUUCGAUCCGAGGCCUUGAGCAUUCGUGAGCGAACGAUGAGCUCGAUGGGGCAGAGUGCUCAACAGCUGUAGUUCUGAUUUUAUGUCACACUUUUAGAAAAUAAAUUCUAAUAAAUAACA